UAGUGUGUUUGAUUCAGUGCACUAACAGGCUCGUGCGGAUUGGUCUGUGCAGCAGCAGCGCCUCCUCCGGCGCCUUUCUGAAGCGCACACUCACCGUCUCCAUGACAACAACUCGACGCACCACACCACGCCACACACGCUUUCGCGACAUUUUCAAGUUAAAAACCUGUAUAUGUUAUAGUUGAGAAACAUGUCGAGUACACAGGCGGAAAGCGUCAUAAGAAACAUCAUCCGCGAGAUCGCGCAGACAUGUUUGAGCAGAGGACAGACUCUGUCCGAGACGCUCAUCGCGUUCAUGGUCAAAGCUGUUGUUCUGGACCCCAGGAAUCACUUUAACGUGGACAGGACUCUUACAAAGCAAGAUGUGCAGCAACUCAUAGAGCUGUGUGUGGACAGACUCAUGGACCAGGCCAGUCCAACGCUAAACACCAUUAAGAUGCAGGUUUACUUCGACAUGAACUACACAUCUCCACGUAAGUGUGAAAGCACAGAGACGAGCUGGUCACAUCACUUUUAG